AUUUUGGUGCCUAAUAUGUUGCAGACACCACCGAUGUUAAUCGGAUCAAGGAGUUUCUGGGUGACAAAAAAAGAAAAAAGAAUGGAUUUUUGGAAAGUGGGGUUCCUUUGCUUUCUUUGGGCUUCUUCUGUUCUUGCCAUUGGGGCUGUGGAGCUGGGUCGACAUCAACCUACUGAGAGAAUUUCAGGUAGUGCCGGAGACGUGUUAGAAGAUGAUCCAGUGGGAAGGUUAAAAGUUUUUGUUUAUGAACUUCCAAGCAAAUAUAAUAAGAAAAUUCUGCAAAAGGACCCUAGAUGCCUCACUCAUAUGUUUGCUGCUGAGAUCUUUAUGCACCGGUUUCUAUUAUCUAGCCCUGUCCGAACCCUUAAUCCGGAAGAAGCUGAUUGGUUUUACACCCCUGUAUACACCACUUGUGACUUGACACCAAAUGGCCUCCCCUUACCUUUCAAGUCUCCACGAAUGAUGCGAAGUGCCAUACAACUUAUUUCUUCAAACUGGCCUUACUGGAAUAGGACAGAAGGGGCAGAUCAUUUCUUUGUAACCCCUCAUGACUUUGGAGCAUGCUUCCAUUAUCAAGAGGAGAAAGCAAUAGAAAGAGGAAUUCUUCCAUUGCUGCAGCGUGCUACGUUGGUUCAGACAUUUGGACAGAGGAAUCAUGUUUGCCUGAAAGAGGGCUCAAUCACCAUUCCUCCGUAUGCCCCUCCACAGAAAAUGCACGCUCACCUCAUUCCUGAAAAGACGCCUAGGUCCAUUUUUGUUUACUUCCGAGGACUCUUUUAUGAUGUUGGAAAUGACCCUGAAGGUGGCUACUAUGCAAGAGGUGCAAGAGCAGCAGUGUGGGAGAACUUUAAGGACAAUCCUCUGUUUGACAUUUCAACAGAGCAUCCCACAACAUACUAUGAGGACAUGCAGCGAGCUGUUUUCUGCUUGUGUCCACUUGGAUGGGCCCCUUGGAGCCCAAGACUGGUUGAAGCUGUGAUAUUUGGCUGCAUCCCAGUGAUCAUUGCAGAUGAUAUUGUUCUUCCAUUUGCUGAUGCAAUCCCAUGGGAAGAUAUUGGUGUAUAUGUUGAUGAAAAAGAUGUACCUCAACUAGACACUAUACUCACAUCUAUUCCACCAGAAGUUAUCUUGAGGAAACAGAGAUUACUUGCCAACCCUUCCAUGAAGCAAGCUAUGCUGUUCCCUCAACCAGCGCAGCCGGGAGAUGCUUUCCAUCAAGUUUUGAAUGGCCUUGCUCGGAAACUGCCUCACGACCGCAGUGUCUUCUUGAAACCAGGGGAGAAGGUCUUGAAUUGGACUGCUGGCCCUGUGGGGGACCUUAAACCAUGGUAGCAGUUAUAACAGCUUUUUGGAGCAAUUAAGAUUCUUUACAUAUUUUGGUCUAUACUUCCAAGUGUGCAUAGGUGGGGUUGGAAAUUGAGAUGCUGGUUUUUGUUGCCUUUGUAAAUUUUGAUUGUUUCUCUCAGACCAUUCAUUAGAUCAUUUAAUAUCCAUUUUUCAGUUUUAUUGCUUUAAUGGUAUACAUACAAAAACUAUGGAAAUCAGUGACCUAGCACAUAAACAAUAGGAGUCGUUGGCUUGUUAACUGCAUGCUAGAGUCAGUGACCUGGCACAAACUAUGGAAAUCAAGAUGACAUCAAUACAAUAGGUUUCUUGUUUUGGUUUGCA